GUCUGUUUGUGUCUAUUCUUAUUCAACAUAAACUUCUCUCUCUCUCUCUUUUUUUUUCUGUAUGUGUUUGUUGAUUCGUUCAAGUAAAUAGGCUUGCGUAACAUAAUUGAGUGUGUAUGUCAUUCAAAAUUUGCCCUCUUUUUUCCCUCUCUCCCUCUCUUGUUGCUUUAGUAUGAAAUCACGAACAACCUUAUUUGUUUCUGGUUUUGAUGCAAAGACGCGUGCCAGAAAUCUUGCUUAUGAAUUCGAGAGAUAUGGACGUCUUGUUCGGUUAGACAUACCCGCACCAAAAAGCUACAACUCCAAACCAUAUGCCUUUGUGGAGUUUGAAGAGAACCAAGAUGCCGAAGACGCUUUUCAAGAAAUGCAUGGCCGAACUAUUGAUGGCUAUACAUUAAACAUACAAGUAACAUUUUAUGAAAUCUCUUUAGGUGACUAAAUACUAUGUAGUGGGCAAGAACAACACCUGCUUAUUUACAAAACCAACAUCAUCAACAGCAACAGCAACAACAACAACAACGCCCAAAAUAUAACAACAGAGACAGUCGUUCUCGGAGUCCUUAUCGUAGAGAACGUUCUCCUUCAUCUCCUCCACCUCGAUUUGCCAACGAUUCUAUACCUCGUCGAUUUCGGUCAAGAUCUCGAUCUCCCAACAAUUAUCCAAGACGAUAUUCACGUAGCCCUCCUAUCAAUUAGGAAUAAAGUAUAGCUUUUAUUGCAU